UAAUAAAUACAAUCAGUGAAAAUUGCAUGUAUAACUACAGUAGUUUAUUUUAGAGUAGGUAAAACGAAAAACCAAAACCGAACUUAGGUACUUAAAAAUUCGCGUUUUCUUAAAAUUUUUUUUUGUUAUUCCCAGUGCUUUUGUAGAGUAACUAGGUACUGUUCAUUUCGACAUCCCCUAUGCACCUAAUAGAUUCACUUACCGGAAAAGGUGAAAAGCGGAGCAUUGUUUCGAAUACUUAUCGUGUACACUGACACAAAUAAUAAAAAUGUAUUAAGCAGAACGUACAUUUUGUCAUUAGUAUCGAUAUAGGUCGAUUCACUCUAAUUUUUAAACUAAUUAUGCUAAAUGUGAUCGUAAAUUUGCUAUAUAUAAGACGGACACAAUAAAAUGCCCGUGUUACGUGUUAAAUCGUGGAGCUGCAUCGUUCACGAAUUUUCAAAAUUUUAAUGCCCGCGAUUCUGUCUUAUCACUAUGUACCAUUAAAUAGUAAUAACUGUUAUCAAAUAAAUAACAACAUAAUAUUAUUAUUUUUUCGUAUGCCGACUUUAAAUUUGAAUCACUCCCGAAUCUCGAUUAUUUGAAAUUUGAACAAAAAUACAGACUACAGAACAGUCGUAAAGAGUUCUAUUCAUACAUUUUAGUACAAAACCACCAUGGACAAGUGUAUUCUUUUCAGUAAAACGUUCAAUGUAUCGCCUCGCCACAUCACGUCAAUCUCCUUGCAAACAACGCUCGAUUUAUUGGCGAACUCUUUAGAAAGGGUGCUGUUCCAGAAAAAGUUAUUAUGUCAUGCAUUAGAGAUUUAAGUAAAGAAAAUUAUGAAAAUUAUGAACUACAAAUGCAUUGUUUAUGUACAAUACUACAACUAGUAGGACCAAUAUUAUCAAAAACGUCAUAUGAUUUGAACGAACCAGUGAAUAAGCUUUUACCCUCUAUAAAUAACCAUGGCAUGUCAUCAACACUAAAAUGUUUAAUACAGCAAGUAAAAAGAAUGCAUUCCAAGGGUUGGAUGGAUGAGGGAAAAAAAUAAAAAGCGGAGUAGGUAAUCAAUUAAAACAGAAGUUUGUGUCACCACACGGCAAUCUAUUAGUAAUGCAAGUAAAUUCAAUAAUUGGAAAAACUGGUCUUUGUGUAUAUUUAAUUAUUAUUGUAAACCUUUUUGAUUAUAUUGUAAAAUGAUAACUCAUUAUAUGUAUUUAAUAUGUUAUACGUCAUAUUUUUCAUUGUCAUAUAUUUCUACAUUUACAAUCAAAUAAACGUGUUAUAUAUGUUGAGGCAAUUUUGUUUGAAAUAAUAAAAGCUAUAUUUUUAUUUUGUUUAUUCUUCAAAAAGAUAAUGGGUCCCACUAGACAUGUUCGAGUGGGGUCUUAUGAGUUUAUAAUUUGAAAUAUUUAUAUGCAAAUAACAGUUAAUACAAUAUUAAAUAACUACCUACAAAACAUUUUUCUCAUAUUACUAUAAAUUAUCAAUAUAAUUAAAUACAUAUUUUGUCUCUAAGAACGUGCAUCUAUAAUUAAAUCGACAUGGUU